CCGUCCUCUUUUCUUGCUGCUCGCUGUGCCGGCCGCGCGCUCCCGUGCGCCCCCCGUAGCCAUGCCUCGCAAAAUCGAGGAAAUCAAGGACUUUUUGCUCACGGCCAGGCGAAAGGACGCCAAAUCCGUCAAGAUCAAGAAAAAUAAGGAUAAUGUGAAGUUUAAAGUUCGGUGCAGCAGAUACCUUUACACCUUGGUCAUCAUAGACAAGGAGAAGGCAGAGAAGCUGAAGCAGUCCUUGCCCCCAGGUUUGGCAGUGAAGGAGCUGAAGUGAACCUGGCCCACUGAUUUGAACUGUAUUAAAGUUUUAAAAAUUCGUAAAAUGUCCUUUGUCUUUGAGGGUGGGAAGGGAAAUACUACUUGGUCGUGCCUUCUGGUGGGAACAGGAUGGGGGUCCUGGUUGCUACUUACUUGCAUCCCUGAUCUUUGGCUGUGAUCUCAAUGGACAAAUAAAACCAUCCUUUGUUUA